AUGGUAUUAUUCAAUGUUCAAAAGCCAAGCCCAAAUAAAAAGCAAACAAAAUUCUGCAGCCAGUUAUUUCAGUUCGUCCUGACCACGAUGAAGCGUCACUCAAGAUCUGGUAGCGUCGGCAGAGUUCCUGAAAGCGAUUUGGAAAAAAGUCAUGUUCGCGAAACUAAUGUCAAAAAAGGGAAGCGGUAUACGAUUAAAGAAUAUCUUAUUGACUAUACCGCGAAUUCUAACUUACAUGGUCUUCGAUACAUCGGCGAAAAAGAACGAAGUCCUGUCGAAAAAUUUUUCUGGCUUUUUAUGUUUAUUUGCUGCGUUGUAUUGUGCGCCGGCUUAAUAAGAAAAGUCUAUAUAAAAUGGAAUGAAAGCCCGGUGAUAGUAAGUUUUGCCGAAAACUCAACUCCUGUCUGGCAGAUACCUUAUCCUGCGGUAACAGUGUGCUUUGAGACUAAAUCCCUUCAAACGAGAUUUAAUUUCACGAAAUACUAUCAUCUCUAUAUGAACAACGACACGUUUAUGCGGCUGACGGAAGAGGAGCGUAACAUGUACGAAGACACAACUUUGGUGUGCGACGACCACUUGGCCCCAGCUAAAGGUCGAAAAUUCUCCGACGGUAAUGCAACCGUUGAAAACUUGAGACAGGUUUCACCGAAUAUCUCUGAAUUUUUCUUCGGGUGCAAAUGGAAAGAUGUCCCAAAGGACAAUUGCAUGGAUCUGUUUUCGCCUAUCCUAACGGAGGACGGGUUCUGCUACACCUUCAACACGAUGGGUGCCGAGGAGCUAUUUAGAAUGGAGAACUUGCACAAAGAAUACAAAUAUUUAAACACCAUCAAUUCUUCUCAAAGUUGGUCAUUAGAAGACGGCUAUCCUCCAUCUACACCGUUGGAAACAUAUCCACAUAGAGGCUCAGGUUAUGGUGCCAAAGCCGGUUUAACAUUCUUACUUCAAACUAACGAGAUUGAUUUAGACUACCUUUGCAGAGGGCCUGUGCAAGGAUUUAAGAUAUUGUUGCAUAAUCCUGCCGAGCUACCACGAUUGUCGCAACAGUACUUCAGGUCACCUUUAUCCCAAGAAGUUGUUGUGGCUGUCAGACCGAAGAUGAUGACCACAUCUGAUGGAUUGAAGCCUUAUCACCCUUUAGUGCGUCAAUGUUACUUCCCAAGUGAACGUUACCUCCGAUAUUAUAAAGUUUACACUCAGGCCAAUUGUGAAAUAGAAUGCUUGACGAAUUUUACAUACGUGCGAUGUGGUUGCGUACAUUUCGGCAUGCCGCACGGGCCCGAUAUGAAAAUCUGCAAUGCGGGUAGCGUCGCUUGCAUAAAGAAAGCUCAAAUGGAACUGGUGACGGUGGACAUACAAUCGCGGUUAGACAAGGAGCUAGAUCAAAACGACACUUUGGGAGAGUCGCGUGCCGUCGCGUCUCAAUGCAAGUGUCUGCCCGCUUGCACUUCGAUCGAAUACGAAGCGGAAACAUCUCAGGCAGACUUCGACUGGAAAGCACUGUAUACCGCCUACAACAUAACAAUUGGAGAAGAUAUCGUCGAUAAAAAGUAUUCGCGUGUUAUGAUUUUCUUCAAAGAAGCACAAUUCAUCACUUCUAGGCGAUCGGAACUGUAUGGUCAGACUGAUUUUCUUGCAAAUUGCGGCGGUCUUUUGGGAUUGUUUAUGGGUUUCUCGAUACUCAGUGUCGCUGAGAUUAUUUACUUUCUCACUUUGAGGAUUGUUUGCAUACUAUGGCGCAAGCGAAACUCGAAGAAAAUACAAGAUAAUUAUCCUGAUCAAUUUUCCAGUCCAAAGCCUAGUAAAUUUAAACAU